AUGGAUACUGGAGAUCUCAAUCUACCUGCAUAUAAAUAUCAACUUGAACAAGUAGAAUUAGCACUGAAAGCCAAUCCGGAUGAUCCUGAGUUAUUCAAGCUAAAACAAGAUCUCGAAGAAGUAAUACAAAUAACAGCUGAAUUACUGGGAUGUGAUCCAUCUAUAUUAAAUUCUGAUGACACAACAGCAGCAUCAACGAACCACAGUGAAUUAGCAUGUUCAAGUUAUUCAUCUUCAUUACAGUCUAAUAGUACAACAACUACAACAUCAUCAUCGUCAUCAGCUCGUUCAGCUAUUAAAUGGAAAACAGGCGAUCGAUGUUUAGCACCGUGGAAUGAAGAUGGAAAAUAUUAUGAAUGUACCAUUGAUGAUGUACUUGACGAUGGAACAUGUACAAUUAUUUUUGAUGGAUUCGAAUCUGCACCAUUGACGGUUGUUCGAGUAUCAAAAUUAAAGCCAUUUGAUCGAACACGACCUAGUCUAAGUGGAAUAAAGUCAGCUGCUAAUCGAGCUAAAACAAAACGAGAAUUAGAACAACGGCUACGCGAACUUAAACAUCGAAAAAAAGAAAAGAAAAUAGCAAAAUUAAAACAAUUUGAAGAAGAACGUGAAAAAGAUAAAAAACGAUGGAAUGAUUUUAAUUUGAAAUUAACAAGUCGAACAUGGAAAGGUGUUGUAUCAAAAUCAAUGGUUAAAACGGAUAAACGAACUGAACAAUUACGAGGUACAACCAAUGGUUAUUUAGUAUCAAAUUAUAAGCCAGCACAACCGCGACCUUAA